CGCUCGGUUGUUCACUUCGAACAGAUCAUUGUAAAGAUGGAUUCUUGAGAAAUUUUUAUAUAAAAGUAUCAGUUUAUGUCUGAAUUUUGAAUAUUGCGACGCGGUGGAAACUAUUUUUUUAAGCGUAGAAUUGUGCUAUAAAUGAUGAUCGUACAGGAACCCGUGCAGGCUGCCAUUUGGCAUUGCCUCAAUCAUUAUGCUUUUCCGGAUGCUAUUUUCCUUGCUGAGAGAUUAAGUGCAGAAGUCGACACAGAAGAAACGCUCUUUCUUCUUGCAACAUGCUACUAUCGUGCAGGAAAAGUAAGACAAGCACAUGCACUUCUAUCGAAGAAGACGCCUACUUCUCCACAAUGCAGGUUUCUUCUUGCAAAAUGUUGCUACGAACUUGAAAAAUAUGCAGACGCAGAGGCAGCAAUAAUUGGCGGUUAUUAUAAACAAAUUAAAAAUUUGGAUGAAAUAGUGACGCAAUUUGGCGAUGAAGCCUGCUUUUGCCUUCAAGUCAUAGCAAAAAUUUACCACAAAUUGCAACGCACGGUAAAAGCUAACGACGCUCAUAAAUUAGCACUGAAACUAAAUCCAUUUCUGUGGCAUUCGUUUGAAGAACUUUGCAAUGUUGGGGAAAAAGUCGAUCCAGCGAAAAUUUUUCAAUUAGACAAAUUGGAUAGUUUUUCAGCGUGUCAUGGUUCCAUGCCUAUUGUUAAUUAUGUAAAUGAUCCUGAUCUCAUCGUUCCGGUUAAUCCUCAUAACAACACCCCUACGCCAAAUAGUAAUAAUAUGUUACACUCGACGAUAGAGGAGAGUCCACAAGUUCAGUUGCAUAAUUGCUCAUCACCACGAGGGAAACCUCCACGAUAUCGGAGUAUGUUCAGUAAUUCAUUGAGUCCUCUCACUCCAAGUUUUGGAAUUUUACCUCUUGAUUGUAACACCCCAGAGCCAACUGUUUUACCCAGUCAUGCAACUCUAACGGAGGCGAACGAUCAAAAAAGUUUAGCAAAACGAGUGAGCAGUUUACGGGCACAUGUCGGGCAAUUCAUUUCAAGAAAAGAAACACCAUUACAGCAGGGAAAACCAGUGUUCUCACAAUCUGGGAAUGCAAGUAACACCGUAAAUAUUGUCACUGUCACACCGUCGACACCUACUCCUGCUCCACCCACUCAUCAAGGUCCCAAUGUCAGACGAUCAUCGAGGCUCUUUAGCCAUAGUUAUUCAGUUAAAGAAAAUAAUAAAUCUCCAAAUCGAAAUAAAUUUACUACUCCCAAGUCUCCUUCGCGUAAGUCAAAAGCAAGACUGGCUAAAACUAAUCUCAAUAAGGCAAAUUUCAAUGAACUGAACGAAAGGAACAAGAACGAAAAGGAGAAAAGUGAAAUUCUUGCAUCCGAGAAAGUGACAGCCAAUACAAAUGCUUUAAAUCAAUCAAACGCUGCUCAAAAUGUUCUGGUCCUUCAGAAACAGUGCGCAGAGGGAUUAAUGUCACUUUUGCGAGAAUGUGGAAUGGCGUAUCAACAUUUAACCCAAUAUAAUUGUGCAGAGGCCAUUGAAAUACUGAGUAUUUUACCUCGGCAACAUUAUCAUACAGGCUGGGUCCUGUCAAUGUUGGCACGCGCACAUUUUGAAAUGAUUGACUAUAAAAAGGCAUCUAACUACUUCCAGCAAGUUCGAAAUUUGGAACCCCACAGAACGGAAAUGAUGGAAAUUUAUAGUACAGUUUUGUGGCACUUACAUUCGGAAGUGUUACUCUCAACACUUGCUCAAGACCUUGUUGAUGAAGAUAGAAAUUCACCGGCCGCUUGGUGUGCGACUGGCAAUUUAUUUUCAUCACAAACGGAACAUGAGACUGCAAUUAAAUUCUUUCAACGAGCCAUUCAAGUGAAUCCAGAUUUUCCGUACGCCUAUACACUUCUCGGUCAUGAGUACGUGAUGACGGAGGAACUGGACAAAGCGAUAACUGCUUUUCGUAAUGCCAUACGAUUAGAUCCAAGGCAUUAUAAUGCGUGGUUUGGUUUGGGAACAAUUUUCUCAAAACAGGAGCAAUAUAGUUUGGCUGAAUUGCAUUUUAAGCGAGCGUUACAAAUAAAUCAACAUAAUUCAGCUAUUAAGUGUCAUAUUGGCGUUGUUCAGCAUGCAUUGAAAAAAACUGAGCAGGCAUUAAAAACAUUGAACACCGCAAUUGAGAAUGAUCCUGACAAUACACUUUGCAAAUUUCAUAGAGCUAGUAUCAAUUUCUCAAUUGGACGCCACGCCGAGGCUCUUACCGAGUUUGAAGAGUUGAAAAAUAUCGUGCCCAAAGAGUCUCUAGUCUAUUUUUCUAUAGGGAAGGUUCAUAAAAAACUAGGCAAUACACAUCUUGCGCUGAUGUACUUUAGUUGGGCGUCAGAUUUAGAUCCAAAAGGAGUUAACAGUCAAGUUAAAGAAGCCAUUAUGGGUCCUGGACAAGGAGACGAUGAAUCUCCAACCACUCAGUCAGACGAGCAAGCUCACAACAGUUCUACGGAACAAGAAGGCGAAGCGAGCGGCGAAGCAAGUGGCGAGGGUAGUGGUUUAGGUGGUAAUAUAACAGUGGAAACACCAGCGGAAGACAGCGAUGAUAGUUUAUGAAGUUCUCCACGAUUGAGCCCAAGACAUUUAUUAAGUGAAAUAUUUACGUGUAUUAUCCUAGAUAGAACAGUGUCAUUGAAUCGCUAAAAAAAAAAACGAGAGAAAAUCCAGCAAAAAGAAGAUCCUUAAAACGAAAAAGAAAAGGUUAAAUCAAAUAAAUUCGGAAACAUUUUUUUGGCGUGUUUCUUUUUCUUUUUUAUUUAUUUAUUAUUUUUUUUUUUUGCUGACAAAUUGCGAUGUAUUUUUAAUGAAAAAAUCGGCACAACGAGAGUAGGAAAAUUUGUGUUUUAAUCGGAACUGAGAAUGAAAAACGACUUUUUGAAAAACUGGUCCCGUAUAUCCAAUUAAUGGGAUUAAAAAUUAAAUUUUCGAAUUUGAUUUUAUCCUUAAAGUUUUUUAUAAUCCUAUUCUUUGUAUUUAUUCUACGUAUAUAAUUGACUUUUUUUGCAAUGAGCGUUUGAAAGUGCGAUUGUAAUUUUUUUCGAGCGAAUUCACUUGUACGCGUGGAGAGAGAAAAUAGCUAGCUAAUAUAUUAUAAGGAAUUUAAAAAAAAAUACUAAGCGAAUAAGAGAGUCUUGUGUAAAUGUAAAUUAUUAGUUAUUAUUAAUUAUAUUAUUAUUAUUAUUAUUAUUAUUAUUAUUAUUAUUAUUAUUAUUACACUUAAAAUAUUAUACUACUCGUAAGAAUAUUAGCGAUCGCGGGAUGAAUCUUGGUCAUGAAAAUGACUACGGGUCGAUCGUGCAAUUGUCGUCCGAGUGACGAGAAAUUUUCUCAUCACUGGUAAGAUGAAAUUCCCAAUUAUGAGACAAUGUCCCCCAUUUAAGGAAUACUUUUACUAAUAAUAAUAAUAAUUAAAUUCAUUCAUAGUUUGUGAUUAACAAUUAUUAUCUAUUUAAAUUAUAUAAUUUAAUUUUUAAUUAAAUUUUAUCCAUAGAUUUUCGACAUAAAAAUUAAUUUACUUAAAAAUAUCUUUGUGUUAAAUAAAUUUUUAACCACUAAACUGAUGUAUGUCAAAGUAAAACAAAAAUUGUGCUUUAUUGUGAAAUAGUAAGAACGAACGCUAAAAAGUGUCUCAUAAUUGGGUUCUUUAUCUUAUUUCCCAAAAAAAAGAGAGACGACCAUUUUUAAGUGUACCAUUUUAAGUCUCCGGAAAACCCAAUUGCGUUCAUAGAUUAUUAUCAACUUUUGCUUUGUGCCGAAGUUUUUUUUGGCACAUUGAAAGAAAUAAAAGAAUAAAUGAAUAAUAAUGAUGAAAAAGUACCGAAAAAAUAAUGUGUAGGCGAUUCUUUUUAUUCAAACAAAAAAAAAAAAAAAAAUGUCAAAUUCUGCGGAUCUAUAUAUUAUCAUGAGUGGGGUGGGGUGGGGGGCAGGGGGUGAAAAAUGCAAUAACCGAUGAUCUUUAUAUAUGUGUAUGCUGAAAAAAAAGAAACUGCUUUCGAUUACAUUCCUUGUAACAUUUUAAGAUACUCUUAUAAAAAAAUGUGUGUGUGUUUUUUUUAAACACUUCUCAAUCAUCGAAUCUAUUUUUUUAUAAAUGUAUUUUUCAAAUUUGUUUUUGGCAUCUUCUUUUUUUUCGCAGGAUUUCGCAUGAGAAAAAAAAAAUAUAUAUAUAAAUAAAUACGGAAAUUUCGUUGGUCACGGAGAUUCGAUGAGCUUUUGAUAUAUUUUUUAACAAUACCAAUAUUAAAAACAAAAAAUGGGCCAAUUAACUCUAUUUUUCGCUAAUUUCUAUACAAUAAAUGACAAAUUUCUAUUAUAUGGAAAUUUUGUCAAAAGUUCCAAGUUUUUAUAGUCCGGAUGGAAAUUUUUAAUUAUUAUUUUUGUGAACGCAGUCUUUUUUUUAAAGAAAAAAUAGAAAAUUAAUUAUUCUGCAAAUUAUACAAAAUUUUCAAUUUAUUUGAAAAAUAAAAGUUUUUUUUAAUAUCAUUCUAAUUUGCAAAUUAUAAAAAUUAGAUCAAUGACAAUUUUUUUUAAAAAUGUUUUAAUUUGCAGUAAUUUGAGAAAGAACGCCACAAAUGAAUUUAAUUAAUAAGCGUGAUUAAUUUAGUGUUUGAAAAAUUGUAUUUGAACAUAUUUAUAUAUAUAUAUUAUAGGAAACUUGAUAGAUUAGUAGCAAUUUUUGCAAAAUAGAUUUUUUUAAAUAUAACACUAGUGAAAAGAAGUUUCUAUAAAUCAAAGAAAGAAACUUAUUUUAUAUUUUAGAAUCUAUGUAUAAAAAAAAAAUAUUGAAUUUUGAGGCUCAUUGAAUCAUGCCGGGGCUCGAAAAGGGUGUAAACAAUAAUUAUUGACUUAAAGACAAUGAUUUUUUUUUUCCCCCUUUAUAAUAUGCGUAGAGAACUUUUGUUUCUCAUUGUCAGCUCAAUGCUAUUGUAUAUACAUAAAUAUUAUUUGCAAUCCUAUAAUAUAAUGUUAUGAAUGCUGUCGAAUCUCUAGACUGCGAAUUUCUAUAUUAUAUUAUCCACAGUGUUUCUCGCAGAGAUGCUAUUAAUAUUAAUCAAUGCUGCGUUGUACUCUUGUAAAGAGGUAUUAUACCUGUCUACUCUGUAAAAUAAAUGACGUGAUGGUACCCGA